AUGGUAAGCAGCCGAGAAGAAUCGGAAGACGAUGAGUGAGUUUCAUUUUUGUAUAUUUCUGAAAGCGGUAACAAUAUUUUGUGAUUUCAGUAUCGCAAUUAUCGAGGACGAAGACAGAGAGCUUCAAGCUCAAAUCGAGAAAGAAAGAAAAGAAAAACGAGCGGCAAAAUUGAAGGAGAAAAAAGAACGGGAAGGAAAACCUGAAAAGAAGAAAGUAACACGAAAACGAAAGGCAGCCCCAAAGAAAACUUUGACAAACAGGAAAAAGAAAAGUGUUGAAAGCGAAUCAGAAAAAAGUGAAGAGUCGGAAGAUGAUGAAGAAUCUGAAGCAGAAGAAGAUCAAGAACAACAAGAUUCUGAAGAUGAUUCGCCAAAGAAAAAACGACCAAACAGAGGAGUUACGAAAAAAGUGAAAGCUAUUGUAUUAUCAGAUUCGGAAGAAUCUGAACCAGAAGUUAUGCCAAUUAAAAGAACUCGUAAGAAAAUUGAAAUAAUCAAGGAUAGCAGCGAGGAUGAUGAACUUCCAUCAAGUAGAUCAAAUAACGAUACAGACAGUGAUGGUUCAAUUAAACUUCCAAGUCGUACACAGGCAAAAUCGAAUAAGGUAAGAAUACAAAUUUUAAGUCUGUGAAAAACAAAAAAACAUAUUUAGAAGGAGUUGAGACCAAUCGAAGAUGACAAGAAAAAGAAGAAACGUGGAUUGAUCGAUGAUGAUGGUUUAGCAAAGGAAACUGUUGAUGCAGAAAAAGCUGAAAAAGAAAGAAGAAAAAGAUUGGAACAAAAACAGAAAGAAUUUAAUGGUAUUGAAUUAGAAGAAGGAUUAGAUUUAACAGAAGCAUUGAUUGGAACAUCAUCUCAAAGAAAACUCAAAAGUGUUGUUGUUGAUCCAGAUAAUAAAAGUGAAGAACCUGAACCUGUUGAAGUUCAUCCUUCAAUUGUUCGAAUUUUAAAACCACAUCAAGCACAAGGAAUUCAAUUUAUGUAUGAUUGUGCUUUCGAAUCAAUUGAUAGAUUGGAUACAGAAGGCAGUGGAGGAAUAUUGGCACAUUGUAUGGGUUUGGGAAAAACUCUACAAGUUAUCUCAUUUUUGCACACAGUUAUGAUGCAUCCAAAAGUUGGAGAAAAAGCAAAACAUGUUCUUGUUGUUGUUCCAAAAAAUGUUAUUAUUAAUUGGUUCAAAGAAUUUAUGAAAUGGUUGAGUGAUAAUGAUGAAGAAUUGGACACAAUUGAUGUUUGUUUGAAUUAUUGUGUGAUAACAUCAAAUUUAUUCGUUUUUUUGCAGGUAACCGAACUUGAUUCUGCAAAAACAGUUGAAGAACGUCAACGAGCAUUAUUGAAUUGGCAUAAUUCUGAUAGUAUGUUGUAGAAAAAUAAUGAUUUCAAUAAUAAUUAUUAUUUUAUUCCAGCACCGAGUGUAAUGAUAAUUGGUUACGAUAUGUUCCGUAUUCUCACAGCUGAAGAAGAUCCGAAAAAGAAAAAAUCGGUAUGUUUAUUUUUUCAUACGAAAAACAGUAAAUCAAUUUUAUUAAUUCAGAAAGUCAAGAAGAAUAGAAAAUUCUUGAAAGCUCAAGAAGAUUUCCGUUUCUGUCUUCAAAAUCCUGGACCAGAUUUGAUUGUUUGCGAUGAAGCACAUAAAUUGAAAAAUGAUGAAUCUGCAUUGUCAAAAACAAUGGUCAAAAUUCGAACAAAGCGAAGAAUUUGUUUGACUGGAACACCAUUGCAAAAUAAUCUUAUGGAGUGUUAGUUUAUUUUUGUUUAGUUUUUGAUAGAAACGGAAUUCUUUUUUAGAUCAUUGCAUGGUUAACUUUGUAAAACCUGGUCUUUUGGGAACAAAAGGGGAAUUCGCCAAUCGUUUUGUUAAUAUAAUUAAUAGAGGUAGAACAAAAGAUGCAUCCAGUGCAGAAGUACAAUUUAUGAAAAGACGAUGUCAUGUUCUUUAUGAGCAUUUGAAGAAAUGUGUUGAUGUAAGUAUUUUAUUUUCAUCUUCAAAUAUUUAAUUUAUUAAAUAAUUUGAUUUUCAGAGAAAAGAUUAUCGUGUUUUGACAGAAGCAAUUCCACCAAAACAAGAAUAUGUUUUGAAUGUUCGAAUGACGGAUAGCCAAUGCAAAUUAUAUCGAGCAUUUUUGGAUAAUGUAGUGUCUGGUGAAGGAUUAUCAAAACGUUUGUUGCCAGAUUAUCAUGUUUUAUCUCGAAUUUGGACUCAUCCAUAUCAAUUAGUUCUUCACGAACAAAAAUUAGAAAGAGAUCGACUUUUGAAAGAGGAAGAAGAAGAAGAAGCUGAUUUUAUAGAUGAUGGAAGUGAAUCUGAAUCAGAAAGAAGUCAUGAUACAACUGAUAGUGAAUUCUUAGCCAGUGAUUCGGAUGAUGAUAGAAAAAAGAAAAAGAAGAAUAAUGUGACGAAAAUUGAUAAUAAACAAGCAAGUUCAUCAUCUCGUGGUGCAAGAUCUGGAGCAAGAAAUAGAAGAAAAGUAAAUUCAGAUGAUUCAGAUGAAAAUGAAGAAAAUGAUGGAGAUGAUGGAGACGAUCCAGCUAUGAAAAUAUUAUUGAAUGGAUUUAGACAAUCAAGAAGAUUAGCUGGUGAUGAUCCAGAAUUUGAAAGAGAUACUGAAACACCGCCAGAAUAUAGUGGAUGGUUUGCUAAAUUGGGACUAUUGAAUGAAGAAGAUCAAUGCAAUUUCGAAAUGAGUAACAAAUUGGUGCUUUUAUGCUCAAUCAUUAAAAAAUGUGAAGAAAUUGGUGAUAAGUUGUAAGUUUUUCGAAUUAUGAAUAAUUUAUAGCAGAACAAUUUUAUUUCAGGCUUGUAUUCUCACAAUCAUUAGAAUCAUUAGCACUUAUUAAAAGAAUGUUAGAAUAUAUGGCUGGAACUGGACAAUGGUUUGAUGACGGACAUGAAGCUUUGAAUGCUGAAGGGGAAACAUGGUCAUGGUUAGAAGGACAAGAUUAUUUGACAAUUGAUGGAAGUAUUGCAGCUGGAAAACGAGAUGCUGUCCAAACUCAUUUUAAUGAUGCUGAUAAUCAUCGAGCUCGUCUUAUGUUAAUUUCAACAAGAGCUGGUUCACUUGGAACAAAUAUGGUUUCUGCGAAUCGAGUUGUUAUUUUUGAUGCUUGUUGGAAUCCAUCUCAUGAUACACAAUCGUUGUUCAGAGUUUAUCGAUUUGGUCAAACAAAACCAGUGUAUAUUUAUAGAUUUAUUGCACAGGUAUGUUUUAUUUUGUUUUUUUUAAAUCAUGUUUGAAAAAUAUUCAAAUUUUAGGGAACAAUGGAAGAACGAAUCUAUAAGCGACAAGUUACAAAAGAAUCAACAUCAAUGAGAGUUGUUGAUGAAGCUCAAAUUCAAAGACAUUAUGAUGGACACGAUUUACAAGAACUUUAUCAGUUAGUUUUUUUUAAACGUUCUUUUAUUUUAUAUAAAAAUAUAUUCAGAUUCAAUCCGGUUGAAUUGAAAGAAGAAGAAGAUGAUGAAAUAGAAAUGGUAUUUGCGCCACCAAAAGAUCGUCUUCUUGCUGAAGUUCUUCUUACAAAUCGUGCUGCAGUUGUUGAUUAUUUCGAGCAUGACACAUUGUUUGCAAAUCAAGAAGAAGAAAAGUUGACAGAAGAAGAGAUGAAGGAUGCGUGGAAUGAUUAUGAAAUGGAUAAAAGACCACCUCCUCAAAUGCCAAGAUUUGCUGGAUUUGGUGGAAUGGUUGGAUUUACUGCUGAUAGAUUGAUGAUGGAAUUGCAACAAAGAAAUAGUCAACUUAAUGAAAGUGUAAGUAUUUAUUGAGUUCCUUGUUCAUAAAUAUUUGAUUUUUUCUGAUUUUUAGCAACGUCUCAAAACUUAUAUGGAAGAUUUGGUGUUUUCGGAAGCUAUGAAGUUAUCUGGAAUGGAUCAUGAUGUUGCAUUGAGAAUUGUUAUGCUUAAAAAUUGUUUGGAAGAAAUUAUGCCGUAUAUACCAAUGAAUAUGAGAGGAGGAAUGCAUGAAUUCCGAUCGCACUUUUUCAAAAUGAUUCAUGUAAGUUUCAAAAUAUUUAUUUCAAAAUCGAAUUAUUUUUUAUUAUAGGAAGCAAUCAAUAAUCGUCAUCCACCUCAUCAACUUCUCAAAAAAUCAUUGGAUACAUUCCGUACUGUUGUUACUAUGGUUUCCACUGUUCCAUCUUGUCGACAAGUUUUACAAAAAUUAAAAAUUCAAUAUCCAUAUAUGUUCGAAAAUAUUGUUUUGUCCUAAAUAAUCGGUUUUAUAUAUUCCCUUCUAAAGAUCUCUUUAUUUCUCCCCAUCCAGUUUGUUUUGUAUUUGAAACUGAUUUCUCUGUUUUCAUAUGGGUACUGUAUGAUAACUAAUUAAACCCAUCCCGGAAUGAAUUGUCAAAAUCAUUAUAAAAGUGGAUGUAUUCUUGUUUUAUGCAUAAGUUGUGUAUUAUUAUUCAACUAUCUUAUUUGAAAUUGUAUGUAUUUCCAGAUAAGCUCAAACUUUAUAUCACACACUAGACGAAGCGGUUUUCGCCGAGUUGUAAGGUAACCUCUAAACUUUCUUUCCUAAAAAUUAUUUCCUAAUUAGGACUGAAUUUAUUAGAUUCAAAGUUAUACGCGAGGUAUAAUGUGAGAUAAACACGAAAAUAAACAGAUUUUCAUCCAAGUUUUAGGUUUGAAAACUUUUCUCUUUUUUGUGCGCGCGCGUUGAUGUUUUUAUAAUUAGCUCCGCCCAUUUCCUCUCUUCCCACUCUAUUCACUUUUUGUCAGUUCGUCAUGUUUUUUAACGUUUCAAAAAUGUUUGUAUUUUGUUAAUUGUCCCAUUAAAAAACAAUAAGUUAUUUUAAAACCAGAAAUAAUAUAUAUAUAUAUAUAUAUAUAUAUUUAUUUAUUUACUUCUCACAGAUUUUUAUUUAAAGUCUCAAUGUCAUUUUAUUGAAAGAAAAAAAUACAUGAAAAACCAACAGAGCGUUAAAAAAUUGUUUUUUUCUCACAGCUGGCAAAAAAAACAAAAUUUGAACACGUGUUUUCAUUUUAUAUGUUGGAAUCGAUUUGGUUCAAGACCUCAUUCUAUUUAGAGGAAAAUCGAAUCAAUUCCAAUUUGACCGGUCACAUUGACCGAUCAUUUUUUGUGGGUUACCCGCCUCUUAUACUCCCAUCCACACCAAUUUAGCACUUCUUUCUGUUCGUUUUUGGCGUUGUUCUCUUUUGGUGACAUUAUUUGUUCUAUUGAUCUAGCUAACAAACAAUUCAGUUAGUUAAAUACAUUUUGUUUCUUGAAAGAUUGCGUUUCACUUAUAUAUUUAAAAAUGUAUGCAUAACAUUCUGUUUCUAGGAACAUAUUUUUAACUCUUGUUGUUAUUUUUUUCAAAAUAGAACCAGUUUUAAAGAGCUUUAGUCCAUUAUCCCUUUUAAAACCCACUCAAAAUACCAUUCUUUUUCUCUCUCAUUUCUUUUUUCCGCAAUGUCUGCUUGUCUGUGUCUUUUCACUCUAUAAAUAUCCACGUUCGUUUUUUCUUCGGCGUUGGCGCGCGCGGAAACACAUUCUUUGUUAUUUAUACACUACAUCGAUUUUUCACCUAACUUUAAUGUUUUUUUUUUGUAGCUCGAAAAUGGUGGUCAACGUUUUCAUUUCUGCAGUCACAACUGAUACUUUGAGCCGAAAAGAUGCGAUUGCAUGGGUUAAUGAUCGAUUGAAAGUAAGUAAAUUGAAUAUAUUUAUCAAAAAAAAAUAACAAAUAAAAUAUUUUCAGAGUCAUAUGACAAAAGUUGAAGAAAUGGCAAGCGGUGCUGCAUAUUGUCAAUUGACACAUAUGUUAUUCAGAGAUGGAAUCAACUUGAAAAAGGUGAAAUUCAAUCCAAGAAAUGAACCAGAUGUAUUGAACAAUUGGAAAGUUUUGACGACAAGUUGGAAAAAUAUUGGAAUUGAUAAGCCAGUUGAUGUUGAAAAAUUGAAGAAGGCAAAAUUCCAAGAUAAUAUGGAAUUUUUGCAAUGGUUCCACAAGGUAUUAAUUAAAUAUUAAAAUAUGUGGAUUACUCUCAAAAUAUCUGAUAUUUCAGUUUUACAAUGCAAACUAUGCCGGAGAAGAAGAUUAUGAUGCAGUUGCUGCACGAGGAGGCGAAGAUUUGCCAGCUUUGAAAGGACCUGGUGGGGUUUCUCGCCCAAUAGCUGCACCUGUUCGACCAGUUGCACCACGACCAACAGUUACUACCACAACUCGGGCUCCGCCAACUUCAAUAUCAGUUGCACCAACAAAAGCUGCAGCACCCAAACCAACAGCACCUUCUAAUGUUCAACGCUCCAAUUCACAACAAGAUACUGCAUUGUUAAAGGGUUAGUUUAUUUAAUUAUCUCAAAUUUUCUAACUUUUUGUAAUUCAGAAAAUGAGGCACUCAAAAGUAAAGUUGCUGAACAAGAAAGUGAUAUCAAUUUGUGGAUGGAGGUGAGUCAUUUUUAACCCUUCUACUGAAAAAUUGAGUUUACAAUAAGAAUAUUUCAGAAUGCGAAAGAAAUGGAAAAUGAACGCGAUCACUACUAUUCACUUUUAAGAAAAGUUGAAGAAUUGUUAGUUCGAUCGGAAGAAGAUGGUUUAAAGAGUUUGGACAUUGCAGUUAUCAAAUCAACUCUUUAUGAUGUAAGUUUUUUUUAAAAGUACAUCAAUUUUUGUAAAUGAAGCAUAAUUAUAGGAAGCGCCAGCAAAUGAUGAAAACGAAGAAAUCGAACAUCAAACCAAUGGAAAAAUUGAAAAUGAAGUUAUUGAUGGUGUUGUCGACGAUGGCGAAACAUUCUAG